AUGGAGAGCCCCACGUCGACGGCGUCGCGCCCCGACUACUACGAUUUCCUCGACCGCAUGCGCCGCCCCGCCGCCGCCGACCUCUUCCGCUCCAUCAAGAGCUUCCUCGUGUCCUUCUCCUUCCACGAGCCCAACGCCGAGGAGGACGGCAGCAAGGUCCAGGCCUUCCUCGCGGAGAUGGAGAGCGCCAUCAGGGACCAUCCGCUCUGGGCCAACGCAACCAGCCAGGAGAUCGACCAUGCACUCGAGGGCCUGGAGAAGUACAUCAUGACCAAAUUGUUCGACCGCACGUUUGGGACAUCCACUGAGGAUGCCGUUACCGACAUGGAGAUCUCGGAGAAGAUUGGUCUCUUGCAGCAGUUUGUUAAGCCUCAUCACUUGGAUAUACCCAAGGUCCUACAUAACGAGGCAUCAUGGCUGCUUGCAGUGAAAGAGUUGCAGAAGAUUAAUUCCUUCAAAGCACCACACGAGAAGCUUCUGUGCAUCAUGAGCUGUUGUCAAGUCAUCAAUAACUUGCUUCUGAACAUAUCAAUGUCAAAUGAUCGAACAUUAUCUGGGGCUGACGAAUUCCUUCCUAUUCUUAUCUAUAUUACUAUCAAGGCCAAUCCUCCUCAGCUGCACUCCAAUCUGAAGUUUGUUCAGCUCUUUAGAAGAGAAACAAAGCUAAUUUCGGAAGUCGAAUAUUAUCUGACAAACCUCAUUUCAGCAAAGAUGUUUAUAAUAGAUGUCAAUGCUCGCUCACUAUCAAUGGAGGAAAGCGAGUUUCAGAAACAUAUGGAAUUGGCAAGACUAGCUACUCAAGUAUCUGUUGCUAGCCCAAGUAGCUCACAGGCCCCCCCACAUCUGCAAGGGCAAAUCAGGAGGAAAUUGAUAUGGCAGGGCACAGCAGCUGUGAGUUGA